GACACAAAAGCAGCAAAGAAGAAACGUCGCAGCCUCUACUGUACUCUCAGCUUCAGUCUCUUUGUCUCUGGCUAAAGAACACUUUUUGGUAGCCAAGAUGGAAGAAUCCCAGAAUGGUGUACAAUAUGGCGAGGAUACAGCAGAUGCAAAAACAUAUUUUACAACUCAACAAAUAAGCCUUCAAAAUGCUGAUCUAAAAGAAAUGGAAAGAAAAACUAAGUUUGCUCAUCUCUUCAAGUACAGAACAGAUUACCCAGAGAUGGGAGUUUGCCUCAUCAUUAACAAUAAGAACUUUCAUUCAUCUACAAGCAUGACCGUACGAAAUGGAACUGAUGUGGAUGCUCGCAGGUUACAUGAAACUUUCACAAGUUUAGGAUACAAAGUAAAAGUUUUGAAUGAUCAACGGUGUAAUGACAUAUUUGGACAUUUGAAGAAAAUGUCUGAGGAAGAUCAUAGCAAGAGAAGUUCCUUUGCGUGUGCUAUUUUGAGCCACGGAGAGGAUGGUUUGAUUUAUGGAGUUGAUGGUCCUAUACCAGUAAAAAAUCUAACGGAUCUCUUCAGAGGAGACCGAUGCAAGACUCUUGUAGGAAAACCCAAAAUAUUCUUCAUCCAGGCAUGCAGGGGAACAGAACUAGAUUCAGGCAUUGAAACAGACAGUGGCAGUGAACCAGGGGAAGAGACCCAUCGGAUUCCAGUGGAGGCCGACUUCUUAUAUGCCUAUUCUACAGUUCCUGGUAUGAGAAUUUUGGCUCUUCAGCAAUUUGGUUUGAAGGGAACAUAUAUAUACUAUUUAAAUGGUUAAUUUGUUUCAUCUAUGUUUCUUCUAGCUAGACUGACAAAUUGAUCCAUAGCUUUUUCUGCCAGAGAUAAUUACUUAUAACAUGGUCGUUUGUUUUCUGGAUAGUCGGAGAUUAAUAGUUGUUAUAUGCUGUUUUAUGAAUUUAUGUAUGAAAGAGGGUAUUCAUAACUAUUAUAUUGUUACAAUUUGAAUAAUCAAGGGUUUGAUUCUCUCUAUUACAGCUAGAAUAUGUUUUAUCAAAUUACACUAAUGGCAGUAAAAUAUUAUAAUCUUUACAAAAUGUGGGGGCAUUUAGGUAUUUGAAUAUCUUGGGUUACUGUUUUGGAAAUAUCGAGACCGAAGGAAGCUGAAUUAAAGGCUGUAAUUGAUUACAGUUUGUUGUAUGCUGUGCAUAUUCGAUUCGUUCCUUCAAGAACUGGAGUAGAUGGUCGUUUUGUAGAAUGAGUUGUCUGCCUAUUCCUUAAAAACAGUUGAGGACAUUUAGAGAAUUAUCACAUAGGAUAAUGUGUGCCAGGAGGGCAUUUGAGGGGAUGCUUUAGAACAGGGGCACUGUUCAAUUGUAAAGAGGUGGAGAGCAACACAAGCUUG